UUUAUCGCUGCUCUACAGUAGAGUUUAUCGCUGCUUGCCACUUUGCAAGUACUUUUUAGUUUUUGAUCCUGGACAAAAUGGACUCUGCAGUUUUUCCAGUAUUUUUUAAAUAACAAGAAUGUUAGUUUUGAAGGCUGAGGCUCGCACGGAGUGCAGUGCCAGCUGUGUAUCUGAUUUGGGAUUCUUGUUGCUGUUUGAUCAAGAUGAAAGCUGAAUAAAACACGACAUCGCCCACGCUACGGGACCGAGAGGGCAGAGUUAAGCUUGGGAGCAUUAUAAGUGCACGAAGGAAGAUAUUUACGUGAUAUCAUGGCUGGACGGGCGACUUCUCCAAAUAGCAGGCGCGCACGACCAACGGCGGAGGACGGAGACCAGCGACUACCGCGCGAAAUGAUUGCAGAGGACCUGAACGACGAUGAAGUGUUCUUUCUCGAUGAGGACGAUUUUCACACGGUCUUCCAAGAUGAUUACUACGCCCGCUUAAAUGUUGAUCACAACGCAUCACAGGAGGAGAUCCGAAACUCUUAUCGAAGGCUAAGCAGACUUUUGCAUCCCGACAAGCAUACGGAGCCAUGGAAAAAGUCACUCGCGGAGAAUGCCUUCAAUAGUAUAAAUGCCGCCUACGAAGUUUUAAGGGAUCCGUACCGAAAAUCACUUUAUGACGCAUGUGGCGCCAGCGGGACUGUUAGCGAUUUGUGGCAGGUUGUCCCGGUCGACCCGGCUAACCGGAAAACCUUAGACGAACUAAAAGAGGAACGAGAAAAGCGUAAAGAAAAAGAGUCAACCAAUCCUCACAAUGAAAUGUCCAUGGGAUUGGAUGUGACAGAUCUGUUCGAACGACGGAACCGUGACACAAAAGAUUAUGGAAUACAAAACUAUAUACCACAUGUAGAAAUCACGACGCUAUCAACUGUCCAGAGUAUCGAAGCACCGUGGCCUCAAGUGGAUAGAUUUCAAUUGUUUUCUAAUGUGAAUUACGAGCGUGGAACCGGAGGAGGCAUGUUUGGUGUGGAAAUGAAUAAAACUUUGUCGGAGACUGUUACCGGUGAUUUCAAAGUUAUGACAGGUCCGAGUCGAGGUUUGGUAGCACAUCUAAAGUUGAACAAACGACUAGAUGCUGGAAAGUAUAUUUCACUUAGCGCAUUUUCUGCCUUUUCCCGAUUCGGAAUGAUGCCUUUGAUGGAAAUAGCCUAUGGAUCAAAUCUUGGAAAACUCGGAAAUGGGCGGGUUAUUGUGCGUGGCACCACACGGGUGGUGAAUGUGGUAACGAGAAUUGACAAGGACUUUAAAGAUAGCAGAUUUUCUGUGACGUCAGAGAUGAGUCCUGAUGACGUCGUGUUGGGAAUUACAUACUCGCGAAAACUCCCGUUGGCACAUGAACCGAAACUGUCUAUUGGUUUGAAAACGGGAUUUCGAGGCGUGACCCUGGAGUAUGGAGUUUCCAGACGUGUUAGCAAAUAUAAUCAGCUUGCCGCCAGUAUGGCUCUUGCCCUUCCCGGUGGAGUGACUUUACGCAUAACGUUCCAGCGAUCGAACCAGGCAUUUUCCUUUCCUAUUCUCCUCUCUCAUGAUAUCCUUCCAGCACCGGUGUUCUAUGGAACAGUGACCCCUCUCCUGCUGUACGCUUGUGUGAAAUCUAUAUAUUUCAUCCCUCAGUGGAAAGCGUAUGUCACCGAACGUUUACGGUCAAAGCGAAAUUCUUACCGGUCGGGAUUAGAAGAGAAAAGAAAAGAAUAUGAAAAUUUUUUGAAGCUCAUGAUCGAUAAAUACGAGGAUUUAAUAAAUUCGGAAGGACUGUCCAAUGGCCUUGUUAUCGACAGAGCAGUGUACGGAAGAUUCGAUGAUUUUCAACCGACCAUGGAUACAAUAGACGUCCAUGUUCAACUACAGUGUUUGGUCAGAAAUCACCAGUUAGAUCUACCCGCUUUGUCGAAGACGGAUUUACCCGGUUUUUACGAUCCAUGUAUUAGUGAACGGAAAAGAUUACAGAUCCAUUAUAUUUUUGGAGGAAAACAUCAUUUAGUUCAGGUCAUGGAUGACGAGGCGUUACAUUUGCCUUCACCCGAACAUCUUGUUGUCGGCUAAGGAAAAACUUGCCUCACCGCCUGCGGAAGUGAUCAAAGCUGUGCAUGUUUAUGUGAUAUGUCAUCUUGCUCCAAUGAAUUUUUUUCAUGGACGUCUUUGUUUGAAGGGUGAUGUGUAUUAUAUUAGUGCAGUGCAAUUAUGUUCAUUAUUUCUGACCAUGAGUGUUGUCAGAAGACUCAGCAUUAACUUUUUAAAGUUUUCGGAUUGUCGGCACUCGGCGGUCGUGAGCUAUCCUUUUCUUUUUGUGGUGCAAUAAAGCCAAAGAAUGAA